GCUGGAGAGAGAAGAGGAGCGGGGAGGACAGAGUCCCCGAACCGGCACAGUUCCAUACAGACUUUAAUUUAUUCAUUAUUAUAUUUGAACAUAUUGUAAGUAUUAAAAACGGGAAAAUGGCUCAGACAGACAACAAGAAGUUCUUUGAGAACCUGUCGGGCGCUGGGAAAGCCAUAGCGGUGCUGACGAGCGGAGGAGAUGCGCAAGGGAUGAAUGCUGCUGUUCGGGCUGUGGUCCGUAUGGGAAUAUAUGUUGGAGCCAAAGUGUACUUCGUUCACGAGGGAUAUCAGGGUAUGGUGGAUGGAGGCGACAAUAUCAAGGAGGCGACAUGGGAGAGUGUGUCCAGCAUGCUGCAAAUGGGCGGCACUGUAAUCGGCAGCGCACGAUGCAAAGAUUUCCGUAUGCACGAGGGUCGUCUGAAGGCUGCUCAUAACCUGGUGCAGAGGGGCAUCACUAACCUGUGCGUGAUUGGUGGAGAUGGCAGCUUGACCGGGGCCAAUCUCUUCAGAAAGGAGUGGAGUGGCUUGCUGGCAGAGUUGGUCCAGCAAGGUCUGAUUGAUGAAGAGGCAUCUCAGAAAUACUCUGCUCUUCACAUUGUGGGAAUGGUGGGCUCUAUUGACAAUGACUUCUGCGGCACAGACAUGACAAUAGGAACAGACUCAGCCCUCCACAGGAUUAUUGAGGUGGUGGAUGCGAUUAUGACUACAGCUCAGAGUCACCAGAGGACAUUUGUGCUGGAGGUGAUGGGCAGGCAUUGUGGCUAUCUGGCAUUGGUGAGUGCCCUGGCAUGUGGAGCCGACUGGGUGUUGAUUCCUGAAAUGCCCCCUGAGGAUGGCUGGGAAGAGAAAAUGUGUCAAAAACUCUCUGCGGUAAAACAAAAAUACAUCACUUCUCUCUAAAUCUACUUGCAGCACUCUUGAUAAACUUCUCAUAUUAGUCAGUUGGUGGUUCAGCGUCUGGGUUUCGACACACGCGUGACCAUCCUGGGCCACGUCCAGAGAGGAGGGACCCCCUCGGCAUUUGACAGGAUUCUGGCCAGUCGUAUGGGUGUGGAGGCGGUUCUAGCACUGCUUGAGACCACUGCAAACACGCCAGCCUGCGUGGUGUCUCUGUGUGGGAACCAGUCUGUGCGGCUGCCCCUCAUGGAGUGUGUGCAGAUGACUCAGCAGGUGCAGAAGGCCAUGGAUGAGAAGAGAUUUGAAGAGGCCGUGCAGCUACGUGGAAGGAGCUUUGAGAACAAUCUGAAGACAUACAAACUGCUGGCUCAUCGCAAACCAGAGUCUGAGCUUCCAAACAGCAAUUUUAACGUGGCUGUGUUGAACGUGGGCGCCCCCGCCGCCGGCAUGAACGCAGCCGUGCGCUCUGCUGUCAGAGUGGGCAUCUCCGAGGGACACAAAAUGUUCGCUGUCAGUGAUGGGUUUGAAGGAUUCUAUAAGGGGCAGAUAAAAGAGAUCAAAUGGGCAGAUGUAGGUGGAUGGACGGGUCAGGGUGGAUCCCUCCUGGGAACUAAACGAACACUUCCUGCAAAGCACAUUGACAAAAUUGCAGAACAGAUGCAGAAGUAUAACAUAAAUGCAUUGUUAGUGAUCGGAGGAUUUGAGGCCUUAGAGUGUCUGCUGCAGCUGUAUGAGGCUCGGUCCAGCUAUGAGGAGUUUUGCAUCCCGCUCUGUAUGCUGCCUGCAACCAUUAGUAACAAUGUGCCGGGCACUAACCUUAGUAUCGGGGCAGAUACGGCCCUCAAUGCCAUUGUGGAGACAUGUGACCGUAUAAAGCAGUCUGCCAGCGGAACAAAGCACCGCGUGUUCAUCAUCGAGACCAUGGGAGGUUACUGUGGUUAUCUGGCCAGUGUUGGUGGUCUGGCAGCUGGAGCAGAUGCUGCAUAUAUCUUUGAGGAGCCGUUUGACAUCAGAGAACUUCAGUCUAACGUAGAGCACUUGACAGAGAAAAUGAAGACCAGCAUUCAGAGAGGACUAGUCCUGAGGAAUGAGAACAGUAAUGAAAACUACACCACAGACUUCAUCUAUCAGCUCUACUCUGAGGAGGGCAAGGGAGUGUUUGACUGCAGGAAGAAUGUUCUGGGUCACAUGCAGCAGGGUGGUGCUCCUUCUCCAUUUGACCGUAACUUUGGGACCAAAAUCGCUGCUAAGGCCAUGCAGUGGAUCUCCAAGAAACUGAAUGAAAGCUACAGAAAAGGUAUGAAAGACAACAGUUAUGCAUUUCAUGUGGUAAUGAAACAAACUUUCCUAAAGCUGUCAAUAGAACUCAAUCACCACUUGACCUUCUUUUUGACCUGUGCUGUUGUACACGAGGCACUCAGUAUUUGUCAUCUUGUUAAAGCGUAAUCAUGACUGCACACAUACACUGCAGUACUCA